AUGGACUUUACUGCCUUUGGCCGCGAAGAGGCCACCGCGAAGGCAGCCUUCGUCGACUCCCUUGCGGUAGGCACAGGCUCUGGAUACAGCGCAGGAGGCAGCUUUGAGUAUCCAGCGGCCCAAAACAAGGACUUCUCCCUGGUCUUCGAACGCGGAGAGAAGCUGAAGACGCUGAUGAUAGGUGCAUCCGUACCACCUGGCACGCCCAGUGCACCCCAGGAGAAGGGCAUCCCUGCUGUCACGUACGACUUCCAAAUUCUUCCAGGCGACUUCGCCAACCUCUUCACAGUGGAGGUCCCGGAGGGGGCUGGCAAGCCAGACAAGCAGGCGAAGGGCAAUCUUCAAGCCGGUAAGCCGGCGGUGAAAGUGGCCUUUCGCUACAACCCUCCGGCAGACAACCCUGCAGUCUUCGGUGGCGUAAGCCUCGACCUCUUGGGCGGCAUUGGGCAGUGGAUCACCGUCAAGGCCAAAGGUGUCCUGGCGGGGGGCUUCGUGCCGCAGGGCGAGGCUCCGAAUCAGGAGUUGCUCGUAGAGCUCAAGGCAUACCUGCAGCAGAUCUGA